AUGUCCGACCUGACCGCAUUUCCCGGUCUACAAGGCGAUUCGCAAAGUCAUCUGGCAGGGCAAUGGCGCUCCAUAUCUUUCUCCUCGAUAUUAUCCAGGACAGAUCGGAGUAACAUUGAGGAUCCUCAAGCCGCAAUUUUGCUUGCAUACGCAGGUCUAAUAUGGUCACAUACAGGUGAGCAGGAUGUCUGCUUCCUCGUGCGGUUCUUAGAUGAGACGACUCUCUCGUAUACGCACUCGUUGUGCAUCAGCGACGAGCUGUCGAUAAAGCAGGCUGUUGAGUACACCAAUAACACGAAGCAAUCGUUCUCUGAUGACAGUACUUCUCCCUCCAACGUGCUCAUACAAGUGCCUCACAUGAGCAGUCUGCAAUCAUGUCGACCAAUUGAUGAGAUACCUUUGCAGAUUUACGGCCAAGUAGACGGUGUUGGUCGAGAAGCUCGAUUCCCAGACGACAUUCUAAGACAGACUGUUGUUCAUAUUGAGUCCGAUAUGGCGUGGAUCAAGGCCUUGAACUCUGCGCCGCAGAAACUGGACGCGCGAACGAUCCAUGACUCGAUCAAAGAAGUCUGCGAUCGAAAUCCCAACAGCGUUGCCAUUGAAGCUUGGGAUGGCCGCUUUACUCGCCUGCAGCUACACGAAUUGUCAGAAAAGCUCGCAUUCACUCUUGCCCGUGCACAUGUGAAAAGAGGAUGUACUGUCGCCGUCGUCAUGGAUAAGUCCAUCUGGUAUUCUUCGUACAGCUUCAUCAUUUCCGUCGUAGAUUCUAUCUCCACUCUCCUCGUCGGUGGUACCAUUUGUAUCCCUGGCAACGAUGAGAGGAUGAACGACCUGGACGGCGCGAUUCGUCGACUUCAGCCGGCGUACGCGUGUCUGACGCCGUCACUAGCCAAGUCUCUUGAUCCAACCAAAGUGUCCAGCAUCAAAACACUCGUUCUGGUCGGGGAGGCCAUCCCGCGCUCGCUUGCCGAGUCUUGGCUGGCAUCAGGCAAGGUUGUGGUUCGCAAUGGCUACGGUCAGAGUGAGGCCUGUAGUAUGAACAGCACGGUCGUACUCAGACCGAAUGACAAGGCGGCGUACAGAAGUAUUGGUCGUAGUACUUGGUUACGCUAUUGGAUUGUUGAUCCACGGGACCAUCAUCGGUUGAUGCCGGUUGGAGCACUCGGUGAGUUGAUAGUUGAGGGUUACAGCAUCGCGUUGGACUAUUACGAUGACGAGCAGAAGACAUCCGCAGCUUUCAUAGAAAGUCCGCGCUGGGCUGCUGAGUUUGGUGCCGGGACCGAGGGAAGGCGAUGGUACAAGACAGGCGAUCUCGUCCAAUAUCAGCAAAAUGGGGAGCUUCACCUUUUCGGCCGCAAGGACACUCAGACGAAGAUUAAUGGUCAACGUCUCGAGGCAUCUGAAGUAGAACAUCACAUCCUACAAGCCUUCGCUAAGGAGAUCAGUCAAAACUCAGCUGCAUUGUUUCCACUGACUGAUUUUCAACAGCACUAUCUGCGCGGAGCUGAGGGCGUCUCGGGUGGAUACGUGUGCGAGUACGACCUUAGCUUCGGUGGCAGUUUUGAGCUGGCGCGGUUAGAGAAAGCCGUUCGACUGCUGAUUGAAAAGACUGAGGCCCUUCGUCUCACGUUUGUGCACGAAAGCGCCGAGACCGAGGCACCGCUGAAGCAAAAGGCGUUUCCUCCCACAAAAGAAGAGUUGCUCUUGCGUUGUCAGGUACAGCGCAAGGGUGACCCUGCUCCGCCGCUAAUGCUCACAUGGGAAGCGCACGACAAACUCCGCCAUCCUGUAGUUUUCGUGCUGAAACACAGCGACGUACAUGAGGAACGCAGUCCGACCGAGGCUUCUUCGAUCGACAGCCAUAUCUCCAUGUUGAUCCGGAUGCAUCACGCUAUUUUCGAUGGAAUUUUCUGGUCGCUCAUCCUGGACGAUUUGAUCUUCGCUUACGAACAUGGCCACCUUGGUAAAGAGCGCCCAUCGUAUCUCCAGUACCUCGAAACACGUCUUAUAAGGCGCGACCCCGAGUCUCUGGAAUAUUGGUCAAGGCUCCUCAAAGACUCUACACCGACCAGACUUCGGAGAGAUUCAGACGCCUUCAAUUCGAUCACUGCAGAUCGUGUCGUGCCCGAGCAUGAGGCUGCCAGACUGAUAAAUUUCGCCCGUGAGAAGGGCAAACCUACAGGGUUCCAACAAGCAACGGGCCCAGAUAAGGCCGUCAGUGGCGCCGUAUUAUCUAUGAGUGCCUGGGCGUUGACCUUGCGUUGCAUUCUCACCGCCAUGCGUCCUGCCGACAACCACGACGAUAUCCUCUUCCUGGCACUGAUGCACGGCAGAGACGAGGAUGGCCGCUAUCGCGCAGAUGAGAUCAUAGGAUGUUGCGUGACGGAGAUUCCUAUUCGCGUGCGACUCAGCGAGGAGCUCACGCCAGCCGGACUGUUCACCGCAGUCCAGAAGCAACUCCUCGAGAGCGCGAGUCACGCCCAUCUCGGCGCGAACACCAUCGCGAAACACUGUACCACGUGGAAGUCGAAAGAGCAUUUCUACAGGCAGAGCACGUUUUUCAUGUUCCAGAAUGUGAAGGAAGGCCACCAUCUUGCGGUGGAUGGGCGCAGAGAGCAAGGACCUGCAGCGGACAAGGGCGGCAACGGCGAUGAUGCUUCCAGUGCUGGCGGCUACAUGGACAUCAGUCCCACUCGGGUCGUGCAAGAUCUACGGUGUGAUUUCGAAGGCCAUGCCUCGAUGGCGGAUCACGGCACCUUGGAAUUCGGACUCGCCUCGCGCGCGGAGGAUUAUUCCCAAGACGAGACGGAUGCCGUUGCGGAUGCUUAUGUCAAGGCGGUGAGGCUUCUGACGGAAGAGCAUGAUAUGACGAUUGGCGAUAUGAGAAGGAGGAUCUUGCGCGAGGUUGCGGGAGUACCUGUUUGA